AUGCCAGCUCGAUUUACCGAAGUAAAUAUAACCGGUCAAGAAGGUGGAAGAAAUAAUUAUUCAAAUGGAAGCGGUAGUUUUCGGGAAAACGACGUUAUUGUUUCUGGAUUAUCCGCCCGUUUGCCAGAAAGUAGUAAUGUUGAAGAAUUUAAAAAAAAUCUUUUUGCAGGAGUUGACUUGGUUACAGACGACGAAAGACGAUGGCCUGCAGGAAUACAUGGACUUCCCAAAAGAACUGGAAAACUUAAAGAUUUGCGAUCCUUCGAUGCAACAUUUUUCGGAGUCCAUGCGAAACAAGCUCACGUUAUGGAUCCACAACUUAGGAUACUUUUAGAAUUGACGCACGAAGCCAUCGUUGAUGCCGGCUACAAUCCAGCAGAACUUCGAGGUUCCAGAACGGGGGUUUUUAUCGGAGUUUCCGAUUCAGAAAGUGAUGAAUAUUGGACGGCAGAUCCUGAAAAAGUUAACGGAUACGCUUUGACCGGAUGUUGUCGUGCCAUGUUUCCAAAUAGAAUCUCUUACACUUUUGAUUUUAACGGUCCUAGUUUUGCAAUAGAUACAGCAUGUUCCAGUAGUUUAUUAGCAAUGCAACAAGCUAUCGCUUCGAUCAGAUCCGGCCAGUGUGACGCAGCCAUUGUCGGCGGAGUAAAUCUUUUAUUGAAACCGACGUGUUCCUUACAAUUUCACAGGUUAGGAAUGUUAAGUCCCGAUGGAGCUUGCAAAGCCUUCGACGUAUCCGGUAACGGUUACGUCAGAAGUGAAGCCGCGGUUGUCGUCUUUCUUCAAAAACAAUCGGUUGCGAGACGUGUUUAUGCAACCGUCGUACACGCAAAAACAAACACGGAUGGAAACAAAGUUCAGGGAGUCACUUUUCCAAGUGGUGAAAUGCAAAAAAAAUUAAUAAAAGAAGUUUAUUCCGAUGCCAAAGUAGAUCCGAAAGAUGUUGCCUACGUGGAAGCACACGGAACAGGAACGAAGGUUGGAGAUCCUCAAGAAGUUAAUUCAAUAGCCGACGUAUUUUGUAAAGAUAGAACGGAACCUUUGCUCAUAGGUUCGGUAAAAAGUAAUAUGGGACAUUCGGAACCCGCAUCGGGACUUUGUUCCGUUGCAAAAGUUUUAAUAGCGAUGGAAGAGAAUAAAAUCCCGGGAAAUUUACAUUUUAACAAACCAAAUCCGGAUAUUCCCGCAUUGAACGACGGACGAUUGCAGGUUGUAAAUAAAAAUUGGCCGUGGAACGGUGGAUUAGUCGCAAUAAAUUCAUUCGGUUUCGGAGGAGCAAAUGUACAUCUUUUAUUAAAAUCAAAUUCUAAAACAAAACCUAUUUUCCCAUCUGAUUCCGUACCUAAAUUAUUUACCGUUUCCGGUAGAACCGAAGAAAGCGUUAAUUCAUUCCUCGAUAAAAUCAAUGAAUUACCCAGGGAUGAUGAAUUUGCAGCCCUCACACAACAAAUACACAAGCGAAACAUUCCCGGUCACGAUUACAGAGGAUUUUUAGUCAAAGAUGAAAGCGGAAAUGUCACAAAAGAAAUCACGGAAUACGCAAGCGAGAAAAGGCCUAUUUAUUUCGUUUAUUCCGGUAUGGGAUCCCAGUGGAACGGAAUGGGAAAAAGAAUGUUACAGUAUCCGAUUUUUGAAAAAUCGUUGAAACGCUGUGCUAGUGCUUUAGAAAAACAUGGCGUUAACCUUUACGAACUUUUAUGCUCGGACGAUGAGAAAAUAUUUGAAAAUGUCGUUUAUUCUUUUACAUCGAUUGCCGCUAUGCAGGUUGCUUUAACGGAUUUGCUUUUCUCACUCGGAAUAACUCCCGACGGGAUUUUAGGUCAUUCGGUCGGUGAACAAUGUUGUGCUUAUGCCGACGGUUGUUUCACGGCCGAACAAACCGUUUUGGCUGCUUAUUGGAGAGGAAAAGCUAUCAUAGAGUCAAAGUUGAAACCAGGUGGCAUGGCUGCUGUAGGAAUGUCUUGGGAAGAAGCGAAAAAACGUUGCCCCCCGGAUAUUUCACCAGCGUGUCAUAACAGCGACGAUAGCGUCACAGUUUCAGGUCCAAAAGAUUCAAUAGUUAAAUUUGCCAAAGAAUUAUCGGACGAGGGAGUUUUUGCAAGAGUCGUACCCAGUUCUGGGGUUGCUUUCCACAGCAAAUACAUCGAAGAAGCCGGACCUAAAUUAAAGGAUAGUUUGAUAAAACUCAUUCCGAAUCCGAAAAAAAGAUCUACAAAAUGGAUAAGUUCGAGCGUGCCUGAAAAAUUAUGGGAUACUCCAAUUGCACAAUACUCAUCAUGUGAUUAUCACGUCAAUAAUUUACUUUCGCCGGUACUUUUCCGAGACGCAUUACGUCAUGUACCUGAUAAUGCUGUCGUCAUUGAAGUAGCACCUCAUUGUUUACUACAAGCCGUUCUCAAACGUGCCCUUCCAUCCAAUUGCACACCCAUAGGACUAAUGAAAAGAGGACAUGCUGAUAAUUUGUCAUUUUUAUUUACCAACAUUGGAAAAAUGUACAACAGUGGACUUCAACCUGAUAUUUCAGUUUUAUAUCCACCGGUAUCGUUUCCGGUUUCGAAAGGUACACCAACGAUUGCGUCCAUGAUUGAAUGGGAUCAUUCUACGGAAUGGUCUUUGGCUAAUUUCGGUGGAAAAGGAAUGGGUAGAUCGGGUGAAUGCGUCGUCGAAGUUGAUUUAAGUAAAGAAAAGGACUCUUACUACAGCGGUCAUGCUAUUGAUGGAAGAGUUUUGUUUCCUGCAACGGGAUACAUGACUCUCGCGUGGAAAACAUUCAGUAAAUUAAAUGGAAAAUCAUUCGAUGAAUUUCCCGUUAUAAUCGAAGAUAUGAAAUUUCACAGGGCUACCAUACUACCGAAAGAAGGAAGCGUUAAAUUUCUCGUUAACAUAUUCGAAGGAUCUGGAGAAUUUGAAAUUUGCGAAGCUGGAUCCGUGGCUGCAUCUGGAAUUAUUUAUUCUCCAGACGACAUUGAUAGCGAGUCGCUGAAUUUAACGGAACCGAAAAACGAAACAAAAUAUUUAAAUUUAAACAAAUUGGAUGUUUAUAAAGAAUUAAGGCUUCGGGGUUACGAUUACGGUGGGAUUUUCAAAGGGAUUUCACAUUCGGAUAACAACGGAAUCAAUGGAGAAUUAGAAUGGAAUGAUAAUUACGUUUCAUUUAUGGAUACCAUGCUUCAAUUUUCAAUAUUGGGAACGUCGACGAAAGAACUUUAUUUACCCGUACGUUUACAAAAAGCCGUAAUUAAUCCAUUGAAACAUAAAACAUUCGUCGAAGGUUUAACCGAAGGAAAAGGAGGUGUGAAAGUCAGCAUGCACAGAGAUAUAAACGUCAUUUCCGCCGGAGGUAUCGAAUUACGGGGAUUAAAAGCAAAUUUGGCACCGCGUAAACAACAAACUCAAUCACCCCCAAAAUUAGAAAAAUACGUUUUCGUACCUUACGAAAAUGUCAAAGUCGCGUCCCAUUACAACGCAUUAACCGUGUCUUUACAAAUCGCAUUGGAAAACACGAUCGGAAGUUUAAAAUUGAAAAUAGCCGAGUUGUCACGUGGGAAAAACGAAUCCGAAGAUUAUCUGGCGAAAAAUGUUUUCAACAUUUUAGAAUCCGAACCCAUGGUCACGGUUGAUAUCAGCGUCGUACAUUCGUCAAACGAAACGGUACCUGAAAAUUUACUAUCGACGUUACCGGUGAAAGCCGUUCAAAAAGAAGUCGACAAAACUCCUCUCGAAUCGAAUUAUCAUUUGAUUAUUGGAAAAGAACUCACGUCGGAACCGGAAGUUUUAAAUAACGUCACGUCCGGUGUUAAAACGGGUGGUUUCGUACUCUCGGAAGAAAAAAAUCUAAACUUGAACGAAUCCCUAUAUGAAAAAGUGGGAUUGUGCGUGGUUAGCUUGCAAAAAACAAGCGAAUCCACUUUUGUACUCUUAAGAAAGGUGGAUGAAUUUUUAUGCGAGAUCCCGGUAAUAGAAAUAAAGGAAAAUAAUUAUUCGUACGUUGACAAAGUGAAAAAAGCAUUGGGGGAUGAAAAAAAAUUUUUAAUCGUUUCCGAAGGAGAAAAACAAAAUGGAAUCGUUGGUUUUACCAAUUGCAUAAAACAAGAAUCGGGAGGAAAUCACGUCAGGAUGAUGUACGUUCACGACAGCAAUGGGAAAAAAUUUUCAUUAAACGAAAAAUUUUACCGAGAUCAAUUAAAAAAAGAUCUUUUAAUGAACGUUUAUAAAAAUGGAGUUUUCGGAUCUUAUCGUCACGUUAUUUUGGACAACGUCAACGACGAAGCGUCACUCAACGUCGAACACGCUUACAUAAAUACUCUUAUGAGAGGAGAUUUAUCGAGUUUACGUUGGAUCGAAUCUCAUCCAUCACAUUUCAAAAAAGACAAAAACGUCGAGUUGUGUCACGUGUAUUACGCACCGUUAAAUUUUAGAGAUAUCAUGUUGGCAACUGGAAAAUUACCACCGGAUGCAUUACCGGGUGAUUUAGCAGGACAAGAUUGCGUUCUCGGUUUGGAAUUUUCCGGAAGAGUUACGAGUGGUAAAAGAGUUAUGGGUAUGGUCGUUGCCAGAGGUUUGGCAACAUCCGUACUCGUCGAUCCCGAAUUUUUAUGGGAAGUACCCAACGAUUGGUCUUUGGAAGAGGCUGCCACGGUACCCGUCGUUUAUUCAACCAGUUACUACGCCCUGAUCGUCAGAGGAAGAAUGAAACCGGGUGAAACGUUAUUGGUACACGCAGGUACGGGUGGUGUGGGUCAAGCUGCCAUUUCCAUCGCUUUGUCAAUGGGUUGUAAAGUUUUCACGACGGUCGGAAGCAAAGAAAAAAGGGAAUUUUUAUUGAAAAGAUUUCCACAAUUGACAAAUGACAACAUCGCCAAUUCGCGUGACACGAGUUUCGAACAACACGUAUUACGUCACACGAAUGGGAGAGGAGUUGACGUCAUAUUAAAUUCUCUAGCAGAAGAAAAACUUCAAGCGUCUUUGAGGUGUUUGGCCAAAGAUGGUAGAUUUUUAGAAAUAGGAAAAUACGAUCUUUCGAAUAAUUCAAAACUAGGUAUGGCAAUAUUUUUAAAAAACACGGCAUUCCACGGAAUAUUAUUGGAUAGUUUAUUCGAAGAAACCGGACCACAAAAAUUAGAAGUUAUUAAAUUGGUGUCGGAAGGUAUAAAAUCAGGUGCCGUGAGACCUUUGCCAUCGACCGUAUUUUCAGAAGAUCAAAUAGAAAAAGCAUUCAGGUUUAUGGCAAGUGGAAAACACAUCGGAAAAGUUCUUUUGAAAAUUCGUAACGAAGAACGUGAAAAAUCAUCGGUGCCCUGUACGAAAAUAAUAAAAGCCAUACCGCGUACCUACAUGGACAGUGAGAAAUCAUACGUUUUAGUCGGAGGUUUAGGAGGUUUCGGAAUGGAGCUUUGCAAUUGGUUAAUCGAUCGAGGUGCUAAGAAAAUCGUUUUGACAUCUCGUUCAGGUAUCAGGUCGGGAUAUCAAUCGAUAUGCGUGAGAAGGUGGACGGAAAAGGGUGUUAAAGUUGUCAUAUCGACAUCGGAUGCAUCGACUCUCAAAGGUGCCAAAGAUCUUUUAACCGAAGCCACUAAAUUGGGUCCCGUCGAUGCUAUUUUCAAUUUAGCAGCCGUUCUCAGAGAUGCUUUGAUGGAAAAUCAAACGGAAGAAAAUUUCAAAAUCGUUUCCUAUCCCAAAGUCGAAGGUACUCUGUGCUUGGAUAAAGCAUCGAGAGAAAUUUGUCCCUAUUUGAGGUAUUUCGUAGUUUUCUCAUCCGUGUCCUGUGGAAGAGGAAAUGCCGGUCAAGCGAAUUACGGUUGGGCCAAUUCGGUUAUGGAAAGGAUUUGCGAGGAAAGACAAGCCGUCGGAUUACCUGGAUUGGCCAUUCAAUGGGGAGCCAUCGGAGAUGUAGGUCUCGUAGCUGAAAAAAUGAGCGGAAAUCCGACGGAAGUAGGUGGUACUCUUCCUCAAAAAAUGUCAUCGUGUUUGUCAACGUUGGACGCACUCUUACAACAACCCGAUCCCGUAUUAGCCUCUUUAGUACUCGCGGAAAAGCGAAAAGUUGAUUCCGGUUCUCAAACCGGAUUGUUGGAAGCUGUCGCUAACAUAUUAGGUAUCAAAAACGUAAACUCGGUAAAUCCAAAUUCAACGUUGACCGAUAUCGGUAUGGAUUCAUUAAUGGGAGCCGAAAUAAAACAAACAUUGGAAAGAAAUUACGACGUAGUUUUAAGCGCACAAGAAAUCAGAUCCCUCACAUUUUCAAAAUUAAAACAAUUACAAUCCGGAAGUGGAGGAGAAUCUCCGGCGACUCCAUUGGUCAACGGUAACAAUUUGGUACAAUACCAAGAUUUGCAAUUGAUGCCCUCACAAGACAUGAUCACAAUGGAAUCAAAAUGUUCUCAACCGUCGAUGACGCCCCUCUUUAUGGUACAUCCGAUCGAAGGUCACGUUUCGGCAUUAAAGACGCUAGCCUCUCUGUUACCCUGUCCCGUUUACGGUCUUCAAUGCACGUCCAAAGCACCCAUGGACAGCAUGAAAAAUCUAGCGAGAUAUUACGUGGAUUUGAUAAGGCCCGUUCAGAAAAAGGGUCCGUAUCAAAUUUUGGGAUAUUCGUUCGGAGCCGCCGUAGCGUUCGAAAUGGGAGCCAUUUUAGAAUCGGAAAAGGAAGAAGUUAAAUUAAUAUUCAUAGACGGAAGUCCUUCUUACGUAGCCAUACACACCGGAAAUUAUAAAACGAGAAACGACAAAAGCGAAAGCAGUUACGACGCGGACGCAUUAACUUAUUUUAUAACCUUAUUUAAAAAUGUCGAUCACACAAAAGUAAAAUUAGAACUUUUGUCAUUGCCCACGUUCGAAAAGAGACUGCAAAGAACGACGGAAAAACUACAGGGACUAUCAAAACCUGAUGUUAUCGCACAAGCAGCCGAAUCCUUUUAUAAAAAAUUAGUCAUCGCUGAUAAAUAUCAGACAAAUUAUAAAUUUAACGGUAACGUUGUUUUCAUAAAGGCAAAAGACAAUUUCGUACAAUUGGGAGAAGAUUACGGUUUGAACGAGGUAUGCAAGAAAAAAGUGAAAAGUUAUUCCGUAAAAGGAAAUCACAGAGAUAUAUUAACCGGAGAAAACGUUGUAAAUUUAGCUAAAAUCAUAUCAGAAAGUGUUUGUUGA